CCGGCGGGCCCUGGGCAGAGCCAGAGGAUGUUUGCCAAGGGGGCCGGGCGCUGGCAGCGGGCCCAGCGGCUUUAUACCUCGCCGCGGCCGGCGAGCAGCCGCGCACCUGUUACCUAAGCCGGGAGCGGGCCCCUGUGCGGUGCGAUCCCGCUGCCGGCGGGGCGGCGCGGGCAGGGCAUGUCCGCCGGGGCUGGGGGCGCGGUGCGAAGCUGCGCGCAGCCCAGGCGGCUGAGGGGACUGGUGCCCAGGCGGCGGCAGGAGCCGGAGGCGGCCCCGGGAGAGGCGCAGGGUGGGCGGCCCCGGGGGAGCCGGUGGCUGCUGGCAGCAGGCGAGCCCCGCGGUAGCCGCCCGCCCUUCCCGCGAGCAGGCGGCCCCGGCCAGGCGGCGGGAGGAUGGCCGCGGGCAGCAACGCGGACUGGAUGGGCUCCCUCGCCCCCGCCCUCAGCGCCUUCCCGCUGGCCCAUCUGGCCAUCCCAGGAUCACAUGAUUCUUUCAGCUACUGGGUUGAUGAGAAAUCUCCUGUGGGACCUGAUCAAGCCACAGCAAUCAAACGUUUGGCUAAAAUUUCUUUGGUGAAAAAGCUGAUGAAGAAAUGGUCAGUGACUCAAAACCUGACCUUCAAAGAGCAGCUGGAAGGUGGGAUCCGCUACUUUGAUCUGCGCGUAUCUUCCAAACCGGGAGAAGUGGGACAGGAAAUCUACUUCAUACAUGGUUUGUUUGGCAUCAAAGUAUGGGAUGGACUGAUGGAGAUAAACACCUUCCUCACAGAGCACCCCAAAGAAGCUAUCUUCUUGGAUUUCAAUCACUUCUAUGCCAUGGAAGACGAGCACCACAUAUACCUGAUUAACAGGAUCCGGGAAGCAUUUGGAUCAAAACUUUGCACAAUGGAAUAUGUAGAAAAUGUGACCUUGCGAUAUCUUUGGGAGAAGAGUCAGCAGGUUCUCAUUUUCUACCACUACCCUCUGUAUCAGGAAUAUCCCUUCCUGUGGCCAGGGAAUAAAAUGCCAGCACCUUGGGCAAACACAACGAACGUGCACAAGCUAUUACAGUUCUUAGAGACCACACUUGGGGAGCGGGCUCAACAUGGAACUUUUCAUGUUUCUCAAGCUAUUCUCACACCCAGGGUCAAAACUAUUGCACGGCACCUAAUCCGUGGCCUAAAAAAUACGCUUGUUCACAGGAACCUGCCUAUGAUUUUGAACUGGGUAAAGACACAGAAGCCAGGCAUUAUGGGUGUUAACAUAAUUACAUCAGACUUUGUGGAGCUGGUUGACUUUGCUGCCACGGUUAUUGCAUUAAACGACCUCCUUUUAGAAGGGCACCAAGCUGUGACUAAAUCCUGACUGUUCUGUCUCUCACUCUAAGAUCAGCGCUCAUCCACUGACAGAUGAGGAUUUGGAGUCUUUCAUCCAUGUCAACAGCUUUCAAUGUAAAUCUCAAUUUAGGUGUUUUGGGUUUUGUUUUUUAACAAACAAAAACCUAGUUUCUGAGAAAAACGUGCUGAAAAUCAUUCACAUCAGGAUUUAUCGCUGCAUGGAUCUGACCAGAACACUAAGCAGUGUCUGAGUGCUGCUGACUCUGUUAUGCACACAUCUGCUGCAGUACAGCAAGCUGUUGUCUGCCUGCCAAUAGGAGGCCGACACUACAACAGAUGUAACCAAUUGGCAGCAGUGUUUCCCCUGGCAACUAGACUCCCUGUGGGUGUGCAUCCUGUGUGUUAUUGAACCCCAGUGUCAGGCUAAGAAUUGGUGUUGAUCCUCAGGAGCAGUUCUGCCAAACCAGCCAAAAGAGAUCCUCUAUCUGGCUACAUAAGUCAGAGCUGUGCUGGUCUCUGCUAGCAGUUGCUAUUGUAUCUCUUAUGUUGUACUGGAAGCUACCUCUGACUUUCUUAAAAAAAACCAGCAUCCCCAUUGUUCAGAGGGAAGCUUUUAUACUGUGUGCAGUGGUUUAAAUAGAGAUGGGCCCGAGGUGUGGAGGUUGGAUCUAAACUUAUAACUCUCAGGGGCUUUUGACUCCAAGGUUUUGUUUUUGGUCUAUCUCUUAUUUUAAGGGACUUCCAUUAAAGCAGGAUGCACAUGCACUUUACUUAAGUUGGGUGAGGGGGUGAAAA